CAAGGGACAACAUACCGAAACGGACCUGCUUCCGCUAGCGUUGUCCACUGUUAACUUGUCUUCUAACCUGUCGUACUGUUAGGCAAGAAAUGAUAAUAGCAGAGUUUUUUUUAGCUUAGGACGAGCGUAAAUCAGCUUUCGUAUAUUUUUGACUUUUAAUACGCCGUAUAAAUGGGCACUUUCUACUGUGCCAUAUGUAGACAAACAGCGUUUACUGGGAAGUCGCAUAUAUUCGGAAAAAAUCAUCAAAGCAAACUAAGAGUCGUUCUCCUAAAAUUUUUAGAAAAGGUGAAGGAAGCUCGACGAACACUAAAAAAUCCCCAAGUAGAAAAGUUUGAUUGCACCCAGCACAAACAGACGUUCUGGUGCUAUUGCUGUGAGCUAGAAAUUGAAAGACACAGCACAGAUGGUAACAUGACUGUGCUGCACGGAGGCUUGAUAGAACACAUGACCACGCCAGAACACAGAAAGAAUACACACAAGUUCUGGUGGCACAAUAAGGCUGACCCAAAGUUUAGAGACAGGGUCAUCAUCACAGAGGAGGAAACAGAAAGAUUUAAAGCUGAGGUGAUUAAAGUGUUGGAAUCAUUUGUCGAGAAGGAGGAUGAAUUUAUUAAACAGCAAGCUGAUCAUAUUCGCACACAGGAAAAGCAUCGUCAAGAGGUCCUUCAGUCUCUUUUAGAGCGUGAUACAGAGACGGUGUGUUACAAUGGACCAAAUGGUGCCAAGGUGUCUUUAGAAGACUCUGUCGGCUGUCAGUAUCCAUCUCAUGUAUCAGACCAGCAUGUUGGGAGCAACAAUGUUGUCUCAAUGACUGAAGUACAAUGGGCAUCAACAGGACAAGGCCUGACUUUCAUAGGGCAUCAGGAUUCAUCAAACAGUGGAAAUGUUCAUACAGGUGCUGUCCCUCCUUGGCUCCAGGAAGAUCCUUUAGAGGGAACCUCCAGGGGUACGGCACAGCCGGCGAUCGGCCCUUCACUUCAAGAGUUCCUCAAACAGAAGGAGCAAGAGAAACUGAAGAAGCUGCCACCAAACAGAGUUGGUGCCAAUUUUGACCACAGCUCACACACAGAUGCCAACUGGCUUCCUUCCUUUGGUAGAGUGUGGAACAGUGGCCGACGCUGGCAGUCAAGACACCAAUUCAGACAAGAAGAAGGGCAGAAGAACCGACAGAAAAGGAAGAGGGAGCAAAGUACAGAUGGGUCAAAGAAAGCAAACACAAGUGAACAGCAGACAAAUUCUGUCAACACCUAAAACACAUUAUCUGUGUAAAAAAUUCACAAAUGUAGGGAUGUGUGUAUGAAGUGGUGUUUUGAGAAGAACCACUUGGUAAAGACGUUUAUUCCAGGUUAUUUCAGAUUAUUCCAGUAGUUUUGAAAUCCGUUAAAAAAAAGAAAGAAAAUUGGGUGAAAGGAACACAAUUGGGUUGGUGGGUGUUCUUGCAAGUGAACAGCAGGGGGAACCCUCGGCUUAAUAUGGGCUGAUAUGAUGGCAAAGGGAGUCUGUUAGAGUAAACAUUUACAGUAUAGCACAGUAUAGUUAAAACCUAUAUUGAACCAUAUAUUGUUUUUUGUUUUUGUUUAGCAUUAUCUGUGUGUUCUCUGUUCAAUUUAACAACUAUCAGCAAAUAACGACAGCAACACGCUUUAGUGUGACCUGUAAACCAUACGACAGGCUUUCAUUUCCCUUUUCACAUUCUGUGCUACUGGAAUAACCCUAGGUUGUAUAGAUACGCUAUAAUGCACUUUGAAUAAACAGUGUUUAAAUGUAUAUAAGAAAACCUUGCAGCUACUCUCAUAAUGAGAGCUUUCAUACAAAUAAAAAAUGAAUGACACAA